AUGACACCCCAUAGACAUCCUCGGGGCUCCCCAGACUCAUCUCUGCGGCUCACAGCCAUGUCGCCUUUGCUUCUUUUCCAUGAUGCGGACACACUGGUGUAUAUCGAUCCUUCUCCGGAGACUACUCAAGCUAGCUUUCCUCUUUCCACACCAACAGUUCCCCACCGCGUACACAGUGAGAAACUAUUCGCUACUGGAUCUGCCUAUUUCAAGCGACUCUUCAGUCCUCAACAGCAGACCAGAGUGCAAAAGCGACGCGGUCUGAUCGGUCAACUCCCGGCUGGGUUUCAAUACGUCCUAGACCUCACACCUCCAUUGAUGGACGAAGAUGCAAUCCUUGUACUGACCGAGCUUUCAUGUCCUAUGGAUAUCCGCACAUGGGCCUCGAAGCAGGAGACCUGGGAUCUACCCCAGUCGUGCGUUGGAGGACAAGAUUACAUGGAAGCUGAUGAGGCACUUACGCCCAUCUUGACUGACCCCGGAUCCGAUACCGAUAUCAACUCACUGAAGGGUUCUUCUUCGGUGGACCUCCAGCUUCAGGGGCCCAAGCGUGCAGUGUUGCCAUUGGAGUACUCGGCCCAACGUCAUCGCGAAGCCAUAGAACAUAUUCUUCAAGUCUUGGAGGGACUAAAUCCCAUCUUGGACACUCCUUGCAAUCUGUGGACUUUUUUCGGGGUGGCCAAAAUCUUCGAUGUGGCUACAUCUCCUAUGAUCAGCGGCCAUAUCAUCUCUUGGUUCUACGAGCUCAAAAACACCCGAUUCAUUGAGCUUCACCCCGAGGUGGUCUACCCCGUGGCCUGUGGUAUAAAAUGCGCCUGUCUCUGUCGCGAGGCUUUUGUCGAGCUGGUGGCGGACGCAGCGUUGCUGUACCUCAUCACGCUGACAUAUUUCCAACCAGUGAAUUCCAUGAAAAUGUUGGUUCGGAGUACUAUCUGCGAUGUUUUGGAUGACACGGAAUUGCAGCGUAUUGAAUAUGCUAGCAAGAGCUUUGGUGACUAUGUUCUUCGAUGCUUCUCGGGCCUGGCUGGCAGACAAAUGUCCUGGUUGGAGCAUCUUGCGGAUUACCAAAAGAUUGUUCGCCAUUAUCACCUUUACCCGGAAGACCGAAAGUUUAUUCUCUCCACGAUGCAAGUGUUGAAAGAAUUCAUUCGUGACCGCAUUUACGGGACCUUGGUCAACGCACGAGACGCAAAUCGCACCUUCCUUGCAGCUUCUGACGAGGAUAAGUAUUCGGACCUUGACUACCAAUAUCUCAAAGAACAAUCACCCCAUAAAAUGUUCAUUCUUCAACGAUUGAUCGGAAAGGACUUCUGGCGCUCAUUGAGUUCCCUCGAUCUCCAUCGAGAAUCAGCUGUUCGUCGAGACUCUCACUCGACAAUUGCGGAAAUCGGUAAUAACUCGUCUGUCUUUGCUGAUGAAAUUGAUGCAACUAUUCGCCAUGUAUCUAAUGACGAGAUCUACCAAGUGUGUCAGGCAUUCAACCAAUUGGCAAUUACGAGACUUCGGAUUCGACAAGAGGAAGAAGAAGAGGCUGAACGAGUUGCUGGUGAAAGACGAGUGAUGCUCAUGACCAUCAACGUUCGUCAAAUGGAACCCGCGGCUGGGGAUCACUCUCCUUCUAAGGACGGUCCUGCCUUGGAUCCCACCCCUGCGCCCACUCCAAAUCCGACCAUUGAGCCUGCAGCUCCAAGUCCGCCACCAUCAGAUCUUUUAAAUCACAUCGUUAGUGUUGUGGACCUCAAGACGGAUGUGGGUACAUUCUUGGCGAAUUAUGCAGCGGAGAUGUUGAAGAUGCCGGAAUCACAUACCAUCCGACACGAAUUGACGGACAUCCUCAGCUGCCUCACAUACAAUGAAUAUCAAUACCUUCCUCUGUGGGCUGAUGGGAAUGACGAUGGGACUGGUGGUGUUUUUACUGACCACAUCAUUCCUGCAAUGAAUGGUGGAGGAUUCUCAGCCCCCGGACCGGUUAUAUGCAGUGGUAGUGCUAUAUCAAUCAACAACUCGCUGGUUGAUAUCGACCAGAGUGAUGCUCAGAGUACCAUUCAUGCUGCGUCGCACCAUGCUACCCACAACCAUAUUUCUGACGUGGUAUCCAUUGGCUCGACCAGCGAUGCACAUAAUUUGACUGGUAUUGAGCUUAUCGAUGAAGGUCAAGGACAACCAUCCCUGGAGGGGAUUCAAUAUGAUCAAGAUCAGUAUGAUGAUGUCUCCUUUGAUCUUGGCCUAGCCACCGAUGAUGAAGAGUUCGAGGCCCGAAGCGACUGUACAUUAAUCGAUAAGGGAUCAAAUUCGGCUUCUGAUACCUCGGAGGACACCAAAAUGGAGGGUAUGGAUGACGAAAUCGUGGACUCCGACUUUGAGUUGCUCGAGUUCAGCGAGUAG